AUGCAGCGCCCGCCCAGCCAAGGCACGCCCGCGCCUCCUCCCGACAAGAAGCCCGCUGCAGGCCAUGAAAACGCUGCAGCCGCACCUUCCUCCGCGCCCGCGACGGCUUCUGCGCCCUCAACGUCUGCGGCGCCCUCCUCAGCAGCUGCGGCGGCAGCCUCAUCGUCAGCUGGUGCUGCGGCGUCUCCCGCACCGGCCGCGGAGGCAUCGAGCUCUAGACUGUUUCCGGUUCGCCUCGACGCGGCGGACGGACACUUGGAUUUGCAGGUGGACGCUGAGAGCGGGCUCUCAGCCUCGUGUCUGCACACGAACGGCUUUCAGUACACUUGGAAGGGGAUUCGGACGACCAUCGGCGUGCGAGGGGCGGGCAAGUUCUACUUCGAGACGAAAGUCACCGGGACGCCAGAGGUCGUGAUGCCCGAGACGCCCCCCAACACGCGAAACGUCUGCCGCAUCGGAGUCAGCCUGCCGCUUAGCAGCCUCUACCUAGGCGAGACGGCGGACUCUUGGGGCUACGGCGGUACUGCGAAGAAGUCCUUUUCUCGCAGGUUCGAGACCUACGGAGAGGCAUACGGCCUCGGCGACGUCGUCGGCACGCUCAUCGACCUCGACAACCUGCGCCUGGCCUUGACGAAGAACGGCAAAGCGCUGGGCACCGCUUACGAGUUGCCGGCGCGCGUGCGCGACACCGGGCUCUUUCCGCACUUAUACCUCAAGAACGUCGACGUCCAACUCAACGUCACGGCCGCGACGCAGUGGUUCGCCCCGCCAGACGCGCAGGCGCGCUUCAUCGGCGACGUCCCUGAGGAGGAGUUGCUGCCCAAUCCGGUGGAGCAUCCCGAAAGCGCGAAGGAGUGCGAGUUUUUGAUGAUGACCGGACUGCCUGCCUGCGGGAAGACGGUCUGGGUGGAGCGCCACUGCGCCGCGCAUCCGCGCAAGAGCUACGUGGUGCUGGGCACAAAUGCGAUCAUAGACCAGAUGCGCGUCAUGGGCGUCAAGCGCCAACAAAACUACGCUAGCAGGUGGGACGAACUCAUGAGCACUGCGACCUCCGUCUUCAACGCCCUCGUCGGCAUCGCCAGCUCCGGCCGAGUCCCGCGAAACGUCAUCAUCGACCAGACCAACGUCUUCCGAAACGCUAGGCGCAGAAAAGUGCAGCCCUUUUACGCGUGGGGUAUUCGCCGAGCCGUCACCAUCGUCACUGAUGAGGCGACACUGCAGCAGCGGACGGCGAAGCGCGAGCAGGAAGAAGGGAAAAUGGUUCCGGUCGCCGCGGUGAUGGAUAUGAAGGCAGCGUUCGUUCUGCCCUCGUAUGAGGAUGGCUUCACCGUGAUUGAAUACCCCGAAUUGCCCGAACAAGAGAGUCGCAUCGAACUCCGCCGAAUCAAUGAUGAGGGCAGGCGCUUCAAAAGAGAAAACCAGAACGCCUGUAGCAACCAGCCUAAGCCGCAUAUUGAGACACGCCAGGCGGACGAGAUCGGAACGAACUCCACGGACUCUCGCAAGCGCGCGCGUGGCGACAUGCCAGACGAAGGGCGUUGGGGUGGAGGCUACUAUUAUCCUCCGUUCUUCAAUCAAGGUCCUGGAGCCCCGCGCGAAUCCGGACCACCCGGAGUCUGGGCUGGCAAUCGAGAAGGAUGUUAUCCGCCUCCUCAGCCCCCAGCCCAAGGAGGGGAUCGAGCUGGGCACGGCUCGGACGCGCGUGCGCCGGGCUUCUACGGCGAAGGAGACAAGAGACAGAGACUAGGCAGCGAGGCGUGGUCGUACCCUCCGCCAGGACGGUACAGAGCAGGGGACAAAGCGGCGGGGGCGCACGUGCGUCCUGGCUGGGCCUCUGCGAAUUCGCAAAACUACCGGCCGCCCCAUCCGAACCCGUCGUACGCGGCUUCGUGUCCGUACGGAGGCUCCCGAGGCGCGCCUGAUGCACGAGGCAGCCUUGCUUCUAGCCCCGGGCAGGGUCCAGAGUCUGGGGACCGCGCCGGAGGGCCAGGGGCCAACGGGUACGGCUACGGGCCUCCCGGCAGUGCAGGGUACAGGGACGGGUACGGCCGCGAGCCUGCGGACCACACCGGAGGGACUGGGGCCAACGGGUACGGCUACGGGCCUCCAGGGAGUGGAGGGCCAGGGGCCAACGGGUACGGCUACGGGCCUCCAGGGAGUGCAGGGUACGGGAACGGGUACGGCCGCGAGCCUGCGGACCACACCGGAGGGCCUGGGGCCAACGGGUACGGCUACGGGCCUCCCGGCAGUGCAGGGUACAGGGACGGGUACGGCCGCGAGCCUCCAGGGAGUGCAGGGUACGGGAACGGGUACGGCCGCGAGCCUGCGGACCACACCGGAGGGCCUGGGGCCAACGGGUACGGCUACGGGCCUCCCGGCAGUGCAGGGUACGGGGACGGGUACGGCCGCGAGCCUGCGGACCACACCGGAGGGACUGGGGCCAACGGGUACGGCUACGGGCCUCCAGGGAGUGGAGGGCCAGGGGCCAACGGGUACGGCUACGGGCCUCCAGGGAGUGGAGGGCCAGGGGCCAACGGGUACGGCUACGGGCCUCCAGGGAGUGCAGGGUACGGGGACGGGUACGGCCGCGAGCCUGCGGACCACACCGGAGGGCCUGGGGCCAACGGGUACGGCUACGGGCCUCCCGGCAGUGCAGGGUACGGGGACGGGUACGGCCGCGAGCCUGCGGACCACACCGGAGGGACUGGGGCCAACGGGUACGGCUACGGGCCUCCAGGGAGUGGAGGGCCAGGGGCCAACGGGUACGGCUACGGGCCUCCAGGGAGUGCAGGGUACGGGGACGGGUACGGCCGCGAGCCUGCGGACCACACCGGAGGGCCUGGGGCCAACGGGUACGGCUACGGGCCUCCAGGGAGUGGAGGGCCAGGGGCCAACGGGUACGGCUACGGGCCUCCAGGGAGUGCGCCUACGUGCAAGGGCAACCAGCCCGGACCGGGUUCCGGCUUCUGCGGAUAUCAGCAACCCAGGACCCAGGGCGGCGCAGCGCCGGGGUACGGAGGAUGGGGCGGGCAAGGUGGAGGGUGUACACCCCCGGGAUACUAA